UGACUAGUACGUUGGUUUAACAGCAAAGCCAGAUCGUCUUCUCAGCACACGAUGCAAGAAGGUGCUUAAAAUGGACUUCCGCUUUUCUUUUCCCUUGCCAUGCGUGCUGGUGAUUCUGACCAUUACUGAUGGUGUGACCUGUAUGAACCUCAAACGGCUUUUUGGUGACACUGGUGGCAAUGUUUCUUUCCCUUUGAAAAUUAAAAACCUAAGUGACACCACAGUAAUGAAAGAAACAAACUGCUCUAAGCCGGAGAAUUUUACGAUGGACUGUUGCAAUGAUUGUGACAAAAGGCUGUGCUUGAGGAACGAGGUCGUAGAGAUGACGAAUUUAUCGGAAAACGAUGAGGGGAAAUAUACAUUUGCUUUUGGAAAUGACAGUGAAAUUUUCUUGCUCAAAGUGUGUGAGAAGCCUCCAGCUGUUUAUAUCAAUUGUCUACCUGAUGGAACAGCAAAUCUGUCCUGUGAAGCAGAUGGUCAAGUCAAUGAUGAAGUUUACUGGACUCGGAACGGGAGAAGAAUAAAUGAUGUUGAUGCUUGUGUGAAAGAUGGUGGCAAGAGCAUUAUUUUGGGGAAAGGGGUACAGGGAAAGCUCGCUUGCCAUAGGAAAAACUCUCGUAGCAGCUCCUCCAUUGAGCUGUCAUGUAAUGGUGGUAACGAUCGAGAUCUGCUGCAGCACCCGCACUUCCUGUAUAUUAUGGUAGCGUGUGGAGGGGGUGCUCUCCUUCUGGCCAUUAUUGCCUCACUGAUCACAUGCUGCUGCAUGAAGAGCAAGCAUCAUUUCACUCCAGUGCCUGCGGAAGAUGAAAAGGAUGAGGGGAUAACCCUGUCUGCCAUUUCCAGUGAAGAACCAAAGAGUCCUCCUAAUGGAGACCACUGUGAAACCACAGAUGCCCUUGUUGGCAGCACCAAUCCUGGUCCUGAGACCUGUGAGAGUUUUAAACCAGAGCACAAGAUGGAUCCAAAUCCUACAGUUCAACCUAAGCUGGUAUUGGAGACUAAAACAGAAGAAAAUGUUGAAACAGAGUUUCGAGAAGUCAUGGUUGACACUGAAGCCCUGGAAACGGUGGAUGAUUGUUUCCCUGAUCCUAUUGAUGCUUGAUCAGAUGUGUUCCCUUUAACCUUUCCUACAGUCUAGGGAAUUGGUGUUUCUUCAUUCCAUGAUGUUAUCUCCAUAAUAAUAAUGUCCUUUAAAAAACACCUGCCUACAGUUAGCCAAAUCUACAAAUCCACCUAAAAAUAGUCCUCAUGGGCCAAUGUGGUAUCCUUGCUCCAUGUAGCAAUUAGAUUUCGAAUUAAAUAUGACAGAUCUAUGUGAAAGACCUUUAACCUUCAAACAAUCUGAUGAAUUUUUCCUGUCUCUAUGACAAUCCUCAGGCUUCUC